AUGCCAGGGUUUCGAUGUUUGUUUGAUGACACUAAUUCAACAGAUAUAAUAGACUUUGAAACUCUAGUUUCUUUCUAUCUUCCUGAAGUUGGUACUGUCACAACUAACUGUGAGCUACAAAUUUGGAAACAAAACCUCAAAGGGCUAGUAACAAGCAAUGGUGAAAUGAUACCUUCUAAUCCAUUGGAUGCCAUCAGACAUUGUGACCCUAUCAUAUUCCCAGAUAUAUUUAUAUUACUGAAAAUGUAG